AUGAGGAGUUCAGUGCAGAUCACAUUUGAAGAGGGUCCUCAGUUACCGCCAACCGCAAAUAUAAGUCGCGUGACGUGCAAGGGACAGUCGGACCACAGCAUGGUGCUAUCCUGCCAUCUGUCCGCUGAAGCUGUGAAAUUCCCCGUCUCUGUUACACAGCAGUCCCCAGCUGCUGUUUCUGUGGACACUUAUCACGUCACUUUGGCUGUGCUGCAGGCUCAGGUGGAGAUCCACUUGGAGGAGAUACAGGAUGAAGGUCUCCUGGUGUCAUGGAUGUUCAAGGACAGACCAGAAUUGAAUCUUUCGGUUCUUCCAAGACUUCAGCUUUGCGAGAAGAAUGAAGGGAGAGCGGAUCUGUCCACCGUAAAGGAUCUGAUCGAGGAUACCAUCGUCAGCACGCAGCCAGCCAUGAUUGUGAAUCUGAAGGCCUGCACCGCUGGAGCCGGUGCGGUACCCAGCAAUAAGCUGACUCGAGAGUCCCCGUCCGGAGUAGCAGCAGCCCCUCUGGGUUCUAAGCUGUUGCUCCGGAAUCUUCGAGUGCUGAACUUGGGCUGCCAGGGGAAGGGAGGAGUCGGGGCGAUAUGCUGCAUGGCAGAGCUAGACAGCCCCCCGCAGCAGAAGCGGACGAGGCCGGUGAUAGCUGGCAGUGCCGGCGCUGCAGCAGAGAUGGAGUGGAACGAGGAGCUCUUUCUGGAGUUGGGACCUAGAAGUAAGGAGCUGAAGCUGCGGGUGCUGGGGAGCAGUGACGGAGCUGGAAAUGUGCUGCUGGCACAUGCCACGGUUUUGCUUGAUUCUGCGGGCAAACAACCGUCUGGGAGACAGGUCUGCUCUCUGGCCCCAGGAGCUGGGCGGUCACUGGCAGCUGAAGCUACCGUUAUAUUAGAGCUGCUAUUCCAGGAGUCUCCUGCAUCUUUGAACGCUCAGCACGCCACAUCUCUGCGAACCAGCAUCACCCCCACUAAGAAGGUGGAGAUGGACCGCACCAUCAUGCCCGACGGCACCAUCGUGACUACUGUCACCACGAUUCAGUCCCGGCCCAAGGCAGACUGCAAACUGGAUUCACCAUCUAGGUCGCCUUCCAAGGUAGAAGUGACCGAAAAGAAGACAACGGUGCUUUUGGAGAGCGGCUGCCCUCGCAGCGCCUUGCCCAGCGGUAGCCGGGAUAGCCGUAUGCCCAACGGCUUGGAUCCAGUGGCCGAGACGGCGAUCAGGCAGCUGACUGAGACGAAUAACAAGCCUGCCAAGAAGACCCCGACGAAACGUAGCACGCUGAUCAUCUCGGGAGUGUCCAAGGUACCUAUCGCUCAAGACGAAACGGCACUUUCUCUGGGUUACGCCGCAUCCCUGGAGGCCACAGCAUACGGGGAUUCUGCGGCAGAGCACGCCGCUGACCGGACGCACGAUUCUACUGAAUCGUCACAGCUGCUGGAAGCGUCGCCAUCGGGACAAAGGGCCAGUCAGGAGCUCGAUGAGACGACGCGAUCAGACAUCUCUGAGAGACCAUCGGUGGAAGAUGUCGAGUCUGAAACUGGCUCCACAGGAGCCCUCGAGACCAGGAGCUUGAAAGAUCACAAAGUUAGCUUUCUUCGGAGCGGUACCAAGCUCAUCUUCCGGAGAAGGAGCAAGCAGAAGGAAGCGGGCCUGAGCCAGUCACACGAUGACUUGUCCAACGUCGCCGCCAACUCCGCCGCCAGGAAGAAAGCCGGCAGCUUCUCCCGCCGCCUCAUCAAGCGCUUCUCCUUCAAGUCUAAAUCCAAACCCAAAGCUAGCGAUAGCACCACAGGAGGUGAGAACUGA